UUUUUGCUUUUUACUUUACUUUACUUUAUUUUAUUAGACUGAUUUUAUGUUUUUUAGUGUAGUGUGUUUCUAUUGUUUUAUUUCAUUCAUUCAUUCAUUCUUUUCUUUAUUUCAUGUAUAUUAGAAUUCAUAUUAUAAAAGACAUUAUUCACUUUAUUUUAAACCUAUUUGUAGACAGUAUACUAUUCUUUUUUUCUGUUGCAGCUAAAUAUUUCUCAUCCUGAAAAAAAGUUGAGAUGAGAACAGAAGAAAUAUCUUUAACCAGUUCAAAUCAGGUAUAUUUCCAACCACAGAUAACCAUAAUGAGUAAAGAGGAUCUGAUCAAGUCUGGCUCUGUCAAAGAGAGUAAGAAGGAUAAGAGGGAUCGUAAAGAUGCUAAAAAGAAUAAAUCCAAAAAGAGAUCAAGUGAUGUUUUAGAAGAAGAAGUGGUAGUUGAAGAUCAAGAAGAAUCAAAAGAAGAAGAAGAAGAAGAACAAGAACAAGAUAACGAUGAUGAGGAAGAAGAACAUGAUGCUAAUCCAAAACAUACUGAUUAUGAAGAAAUCGCCAUCGAUUUAAAUGCUGGUAUCCCAUUAUCUAAGAAACAACAACGUAGAUUAAAGAAAGGGAAAUUGGAUUUAGAAAAAUUAGCUAAAAAGCAUCCAGCUCCAAAACCAGAAUUAUCCCCUGAAGAACAAGCUAAACAAGAUGAAGAAGAAAAGAAAACUAAAAAAUCAGAAUAUGCCGUUUGGAUUGGUAAUUUAUCCUUCGAUACUACUAAAGAAGAUUUAGUUCGUUUUAUUGUCGGUAAAACUUCUCAUAUUGAUGAAUCAAAUAGUGAUUUAGUUAAACUUGAAGAAUCAGAUAUUACUAGAGUAAACUUACCUAAAAAGGAUAAUAAGAUUAAAGGUUUCGCAUAUGUUGAUUUCGCAAAUAUUAAACAAGUUAAUACUGUGGUAUCAUUAAGUGAAUCUCCUUUAAAUGGUAGAAAAUUAUUAAUUAAAAAUGCUACUUCAUUCGAAGGUAGACCUCAACAAUCUCCUACUGCAUCAUUAUCGAAAAAUCCUCCUUCAAGAAUCUUAUUCGUAGGUAAUUUAUCAUUUGAUACUACUCAAGAAUUAUUAGAUGAACAUUUUAGAGCGUUUGGAGAUAUUAUAAAAGUUAGAAUGGCAACUUUUGAAGAUACUGGUAAAUGUAAAGGGUUUGCAUUUAUAGAUUAUAAAGAUGAAGCAGGUCCAACUGCUGCUUUAAAAUCUAAAUUAGCUAAAAAAUUAAUUAAUAGACCUUUAAGAUUAGAAUUUGGAGAAGAUAGAUCGAAAAGAACUCCAAAUCAUAUUAGAAAAUUAGAAAGUCAAGUUGAAGAAGGUGAAGUUAGAGAAUCACUGUUUAAACCAGUGAGUAGAGAAAGAAAUGAAGGAUUUGAAGCUCCUGCCGUGGAUGCUAGACCUAUUAAAAAGAGAGUCAUCAGAGAUGAUUUCAAGAGCAAUAAUAAUAAUAAUAAUUAUAAUAAUAGAAAUAACAAUAGUUAUAAUGAUCAUAAUAAUAAUAAUGGUAAGAGACUUAAAUCUUCAGUUGCAUUAGCUACCGCUCAAAGAGCAAGUGCCGCUAUCGUACCUUCAUCAGGUAAAAAGAUAACCUUUGAUUAAAAUCCCCUGUUUCAUUUUAGUUCUGUUUUGAGACUGUCUGUGUAUAUUAGUAUUAGUAUUUAUUUACCUCUACAAUAAAUUAUUUUA